UAACCAGAAGAAAGAUGAACGUCCGUUGCGCUCUGACGCACCGAGCUUAGCACCGAAACGAGCCUUGAGCCGCGCGCGCUCGGCUGUGGAGUACUGGGCCAUGAGAGAGAAGAACGCACGCGGACACAAAGACGCACAGCUCUGGAUCCCGGUCUCCCCAUCAGUAACUUUGGGGUUCCUCAGAAGUGGUGCCUCUGACGCGCCGCAGAGGAGGGCUGCCGGGGUCUGACCUCAGCGCGAGCCCCCGCCCCCCGUUUCUGUUCCUCUUUCGGUGGAAAUCCUCCAGAAUCAGAGGGGUUUGGGUCUUACUGAGGAACAAGAGGGAUGGCAGCUUGGUUCAGCUUCACCGUCGCAGUCAGCACUGCGUUGAUAUCACAGGUCUUUGGAUCUGGAAUCUUUGAGCUUUAUCUCCAUGAAUUUCAAAACCACAAAGGGUUGCUGUCAGAUGGAAGCGCGUGCGCUCCCAGCUGCAGGACUUAUUUUCGGGUUUGCUUGAAGAACUAUCAGACUGUCGUCUCACCGGGAGAUUGCAUCUUUGGAAGCACGAGGACACCCGUGCUCGGAGCAAACUCUUUCAGAGCCAAAGACACCGGGGCUGCACCGGGACCCAUCCAGAUCCCUUUCACGUUCGGAUGGCCGGGGUCGUUUUCAUUAAUCAUUGAAGCCUGGCAUUCAUCCUAUGGAAAAACGCGCGCCGCAGAUAACGACAACCAAGACCUUCUGAUUAGCUUCUUUGCCGUCCAGAGACAUUUGAGUGCUGGAGCUGACUGGUCUCAAGAUACACAGACUGACAAGUUAACAGAACUGAAAUAUUCCUACCGCUUCAUCUGCAACGACAGCUACUAUGGAGAAAGCUGUUCCAAGAAAUGCACCCCCAGAGAUGAUCGCUUUGGCCACUACACCUGCACCCAAAACGGCCGGUUAACAUGCUUGCCUGGCUGGAAGGGAAAAUACUGCGAAGAACCUGUCUGUCUGGAGGGCUGCAGUGAGAGGAAUGGAAACUGCUCCAGGCCUGGGGAGUGUGUAUGCAGAAAAGGUUGGCAAGGAAUGUUCUGUAAUGAGUGUGAGACGUACCCCUCCUGUAAGCACGGUACCUGCCAGCUGCCAUGGCAGUGUAACUGCCAGGAGGGUUGGGGAGGCCUAUUAUGUGACCAAGAUCUGAACUUCUGCACCCAUCAUCGUCCCUGUGUGAACGGCGCCACCUGCAUGAACACAGGCCAGGGAAGCUAUACGUGCACGUGCUUACCUGGAUUUUCUGGGGUUAACUGUGAACUUGUGGUGAAGGAGUGUGACAGCAACCCUUGCAGGAAUUCAGGCAAAUGCAUAAGUCUUGAGAGCUCCUACACGUGCACAUGUCCCCAGGGCUAUGAGGGCUUGCACUGUGAGCACAGCACGCUGACCUGUGCUGACUCCCCCUGCUUCCAUGGUGGUGAAUGCCGGGAGAGACAUAACGGCCACGGCUACAUGUGCAUGUGUCCCCGCGGAUACACUGGACUCAACUGUGAGAAAAGAGUGGACAAGUGCACGCUGCUUCCCUGUGCUAAUGGUGGUGUGUGUCUGCUCCAGGGUGGCAUGAGUAUGUGCAGCUGCCGUGCAGGAUUCACCGGCCAGCGCUGUGAGAUCAAUAUUAAUGAUUGUUCUGGCAGUCCUUGCCUUAAUGGAGGCACCUGCAGAGACAGAAUCAACGACUACACCUGCAACUGCCCAACAGGCUUCACUGGACGCAACUGCCAGCGAGUCCUGGAUGAGUGCACCCUCUACCCGUGCCUCAAUGGAGGAUUGUGCACUGAAGGAGCUGCAUCCGGGGGGUCGACAGUGGCCUGCAUCUGCCCCUCCGGUUUCACCGGACCUCAGUGUGAAUCCUUUGUGUUUUUAUCGUCUGCGGUGGCCAGCGACGAUGGCUUCCACUGGGCUGCAGUCUUCCUGGCUGUAGGCGUAGUUGCAAUGGUCAUGCUUCUGUGCAUGGUGGGCUUGGCUUUGAGGCACAUCCAUUGGCAAGCAUGCAGGCGGGAAGGAGAAAAUGAGACCAUGAACAACUUUCCCAGGGUUCCAAAGGACAAUCUGAUCCCAACGUCCCAGCUGAAAAACAUCAACCAGAAAGUGAGCUUGGAGGUGGACUGUGACUCAGAGAAAUCAAACUUUUUCUAUAAAAACUAUCACUUGGACUCUUACAACUCAAAGGAGUUCAAGGAUGAAAAGUUACAAUUGGAACAAAGUCUAAUUUAUGACAAAUGUUUAGUAGGUAAAACACCCUUCAAAAGAAUGUAUAGGGAAAAACCUGAGUGUUGGGUGUCAAGAGCAUUGUCCUCACGAGACUCCAGGCACCAGUCGGUGUAUGUCAUAGGGGAGGAGCGAGAGGAGUGUGUUAUCGCAACAGAGGUAUAGACUGUAAGUGAUCGACAAAAGUGGACAGAUGAAGACAGAGACGCAAUCAAGGCAGAUUUUACUCUGGGAUGUUUACAAAUGUGCCGAGAAUGGAGACUGUCUUAAAAACCUACUGCUGCUCUGAAACACCGAAGAACUGGACAACAGAAAGCUCUGCCAAAAUCAAAAUAUAUAUUCAUCUAAAAGUUUAGGUUAACCAAGUGUUAGUAUCCAAGACAUGUCCAGUGAAGAAAAAUCCUCCGUUUUGAUCACAGGGAGACAGACUGAGGAGUGGUAGAGCUUAUUUGUGAUCUCAACAUCCAGAACUGUCAAAAACAGAUUCAGUUCAGUUCUCUUCCUUUAUUGUGGAAUUGGCCUUUUUUGAUAAUCACUACUCAGCCAACAAAUCAGUACAAAAAGUGCCUAAGUUUUGAUGACCCCAUCACCUUUACUCCAGCACUCACUGUAGCCAGCUAUGCAGGUCUCGUGAUGGAGAAGAGGGAAGAAUCCCACUGAUGAAUUCAAGCCGAUCAUCACAGACAGCUGACAGCUCAUCUUCAGAGACUAUAUGUAGAAACCUCAUCUGAAGUGAGGUCGUUCUGUUCCCAGAUCAUAGCACUACAAGAUGACAAAGAAAAGCAGCAGAAACAUCCUUUCAAUUGAAGUGAUGUUUAAAGAAUCACAGGAAUCAGAGUGCGGCCAGCACAAUCCAACAGGAAGCUGCAGAGAAACCAAAGCUUCCACACUGACGAAAACAGCCGAACAUGGAGAAGAGACUGUCUGACCACCGCCGGCCUAUUUUACACUUAUAGAAUUUGUACUUUUUCAAACAUCUUGCAGAGUUUAACCUAAAUAUUCAACAUUGGUCUUUAUAGUUUUUGUAAUAUUAUUUUGUAUAUGUUGCAUAUUUAUAAGGACCAAACUUCUGAUGGAAAAAAUCCUCAAACAUGUUUGUUAGUAAAUCAAAAAUAAAUUAUUUUUAGUUUUUUGGUUAUCAAAUGUGUUAUGAGAUUAUUUUAGAUGUAAAUCUUGAAGUUUCUAUUCCACAUUGCACUUUGACUUUGAGUGGAGAAAACCCUCUGAAUCUUCAGAUUAUGCAGCUUGAUAAAGUGGAUAAAUGUUUUCUUUGUAUCCAUGCUUGGAACAUUCAUAGAAAAUAUUGUUUUUAAAUGCCUCGCUAACCCUUGUUAACUCUUAAACUGAAAUUAGCUUGAAACUCUAAUCCAUCUCCAUGGAAACCCCCGUCUAGCUGAAACAAAGCCAGGCACAGGCCAAAGGAGAACCUCAGCCCCUCACCCAUUUUAAUGCUCAUAUACGCAUCCGUGCACACAGUCAGUUAGCCAAGCAGAUGCCUUGGGGGUGCAGAGAGCGAGUUGGUGGUGCCAUAAAAACAGCAGCAUAUGCCAGGCCACUCGACCCAUGAGCAUGACCCACAAAAGUAAACAGACCUCGUCUUACAUCUCACCCUCCUGCCGGCUCCCCAACUGCCUGCCUCCCCCUCAGGGUGAACAGCCAUAUUUCAAUUCCUAGUUUUGACACCCCCACCACCGUCACUCCAGCAAACAAAGCUGGGGAGGGAAGCUGACAUUGUGGCUACAGUGAUCGGAUUGGAUCCACUGGAUCUGUGAGCAAUCCCAAACAGCACCCUAAAGCCAAAGAAUGUAGCUGUUGGAAGCCUAGAAGGGUCUUUUUAUUUGCUCUGAACUCUUGUGGGUUUAGAUGUGGUUUUAAUGUUACAUGAUCAAAUAUCUUCUGAAUUUCUGCAGCAACUCCCUCUGAUCAGCAGUGUUAAGAUGCGAUUUCUUGUCCUAAAACGUCUCCCUAGGGUUCUAUUUGACUCCAAGAAGAGGUACAAAUCAUAUGUGCUCUGUUGAGUUUUAUUAGUAAUUCUGUUAGGGCCAUUUCUGACCCGUUGAAAGGAACAGCAGGUUUAUUGGACAUUUGACCUCUAAUGAGGCAGAAGUUCUCACCUCCUGUGUAGGCUUAGGACUGCGGUGUGAGUUAAGGUUAGUGUUGGGGUCAGGAUGAAACUCUAAUCAGGGAAGCCUGAUGUUGCGAUAAUUCAUCCAGCUCCAAAGGCUUUGAUCUGUUACCUGGACUACAAAUGAAAGCAGAUGAGACAUAUACAUAGAUGGGAAACAAACAAGCCUGAAAACAGAAGUGAAAAACAGACCAACCAAAGGGCUCAAUCCUCCAAACUCAGCCAGUGCUCCUCAGUCUUUCACUGUCCAUAACACAGGCAAGACUCCUCAUAGAGUUAUAAUCACUGCAUCCUGUUUGUGACCUUGUGGCAUCAGCUCCUGUUUCCUCUGAUUAAAAACUCUAGAAGCUGCUGAAGCAGGCAUAUGACAUUUCUAAUGUAUCUCCUUUUGAUACAUGUCAAAAGAAUUUAGAAACCAACCUAAACUUGAAAAUAGAACCUUCUGGUUCUGUUUAUGCUGAGAAAUGCCUUCUUUUUCUGUGGGGGGAUUUUCAUGCAAUCUUUCUAUCCAGUUUCAAACAUGUGUUAGUUUAGCUGGUUUUCUACUUGUGGUUUGUUUGCUAAAACUGUUACUUAAACUAGCUGUAAAAAGUGCAUUGUUGUCUUACAUCACUGGUGCAGCUGUGAAAGACUGUCAAAACUGCAAACACUGCUCUCAGAGAAGGUUGUCCUCUUCUCUUUAAAGUCUGUUUGUUGUGGCAUGUUGUUAUUUCCUGCUUCAUUGUUGGAAUUUCUGGUUCUCUGUUGCCUGAAAAAACACUUUUUAUGUUGUGUGUGAGUGUGUGUGUGUGUGAAACUGCUAGGAAUGGAUCAAAUCAUCUGCAGCCUCGUCAGACAUUUCCCCUGGAGUCCUCUCAUUAAUUAACGCUAGGUGUCAGUAAGAAACCCUGAGACAGGAAGUGGGGGAGUUGAUGUCAACAUCCUUUGGAUAAAAGGAAAAAAAUAUCAUCAGAAGGACAGCUGUUGACUGUUCUUACGUGUUGAGGAACAACAACCUUCAUCUGACAUUGAAUCUCCAGCCACGUUGCAUAAAUGACCAAUGAAAACCUGUUAGCUCAUGCUAAAGGAAGAGCUGUUGUAGAAUUUGCAGAUCUCUGUCUCAACAGCAUUGUCCAGCAGAAUUGGUCUCCUCAUCUCCAUCCUGCAGUUUAAACUAUGCAAGUUUACUUAUAUGGCC